AUGGCUCUUCCUCCAAUUGUGAAUGCGACGCUGCAGUCCGCAGUCCUCGCCGGUACCUCAAAUUUGUUGGCGCAGGCACUGACGGCCUAUCGUACCGAUAGCCAACUCGUCAUCGAUUGGGUUCCCGUCGUCCAGUUCAUCAUGAACGCGGUGGUGUGCACGCCGCCGAACUUCAUGUGGCAAGAUCUCCUCGAGCAGAGCUUCCCAGCCUACCACGUCUCCCCCACCAAGGACGCCAUCGCCUCCGCGGCCGCCAACGACGAGAAGGAACUCGACCGCGAGGCCCGCGACAACAAGCUCGUCGAGCCCAAGCUCAACAUCCGCAACACCGUCGUCAAGCUCCUCCUCGACCAGACCGUCGGCGCCGCCCUCAACACCCUGGCCUUCAGCAUGUUCGUCGGCAGCAUCCAGGCCGCCAUGGCGCGCCCGGAGCACCUCGCCCACGCGUCCGCCUCGGCCAAGUUCCUCGUCUCGCGCGGCGCCGUCGACUACAGCAAGGUCGACUGGCAGUCCGUCGUCGCCAGGGCCAAGGACGACUUCUGGCCCAUCUUCGUCGCCGGGCUGAAGCUCUGGCCGAUGGUCAGCUUUAUCAACUUUGUGUUCAUCAAGAGCAUUGAGGGGAGGAACUUGGUUGGUGCGUUGGCUGGUGUCGUGUGGGGUAUCUACAUGAGCUUGGUUGCGGCGCAAUGA